CAAACUUUUCUUCGGGCAUGUCGGCGUUUCGGUCAAAGUCGUCGUUAAGAAUCAGAGGCCGACGAGCUGUUUGUUCAGGGCGGAGGCUGAAGGUGGAGUUUCCACCCAGGAAUUCCUGAUGUUUGAUUUUGUACGUCACUGUUGAUCUUCUCUUUGUCCUCCUCAUCAUGCCCUCCUUUCCCCCGCCCUCCAACUCCUCUCAUCGCUUCACCACCGCCGUGCCAGUGACCAACUCCUCCACCAACUCCACCCUCAACCCAGCCGCCGCCGCCGCCGUCAGCCUCCUCAACGACCUCCUCAACAAGAUCCCCUUGCCUCGAUGGGCGAUCUACGCCAUCUUUGUGGCCGGCGCUCUGCUCAUCCUGAUCUGCUGCAUCUGCAUCUGCACCAAGUGCUGCUGCAAGGGGAAGAAGAAGAAGCAGCAGAAGAAGAACGAGAAGAUUGAUCUGAAGGGCGUGAACGGAAAAACCACCACAGCUCUGGUUCAGCCUGACGUGUCGGACGUCGGCUACGGAACGAGCAAACGGCCGAGGGGGAAGCUGCUCUACUCUCUGGACUACAACGCCGCUGAGUCCGUGCUCACGGUGGGAAUCAAACAGGCGGACAGCCUGAGGGCCAUGGACCUGGGAGGAAGCUCCGACCCGUACGUCAAAGUCUACACCUGCCCCGACAAGUCCAAAACCUUUGAGACCAAAGUGUUCAGAAACACACUGAGCCCCAUCUUCAACGAGCGCUUCAGCUUCCAGAUAUCGAAGUCGUCGCUGCUGAAGUCGACCGCAGUGAUGCAGAUUUACGACUUCAACCGAUUCACCAAACACAACAUCAUGGGGGAGAUCCGCGUGGAGCUCUGCAGCGUCGACUGGAAUCGCGUCAUCGAGGAGUGGCAGGACCUCGCUGAGCCCGCCAAGUUUGAGGAGGAGAACCUGGGGGAGAUCUGCUUCUCGCUGCGCUACGUCCCCACCACCUCCAAGCUGACGGUGGUGGUGCUGGAGGCCAAGGACCUGAAGAGCAUGGACGCCGGGGGAUCCUCAGAUCCGUACGUGAAGGUGCAGAUGGCUCUGGACAAAAGGAAGUGGAAGAAGAGGAAGACGUCCAUCAAGAAGAAGACGCUGAACCCUUAUUACAACGAGUCCUUCACCUUCGACGUGUCCUUUGACCAAAUCCAGAGGGUGAACCUGGUGAUCUCCGUGUGGGACCACGACACCGUGUCACGGAACGACCCCAUCGGGAAGCUCUUCCUGGGGGGCGACGCCUCGGGGAACCAGCUGAGGCACUGGGCCGACAUGCUGUCCAACCCGCGGCGCCCCGUGGCCCAGUGGCACAGCCUGCUGUCGGCCCAGCAGGUCAACGCCACGCUGAGCCUGAAGAGGAAGCUGCCCCUCCACAAUAAACUACCCUUCUGAGGGAGGAUCCUCAGGAGCUGUCGCCAGUUCCCAUUAUCUCCAUCCUUAUGUUGAAAAUGAGAGACGAAUUCAGUCCGUUUAACAUGAGAUACCAAAUGUAAAUCGAAUAAUUCUAUGUGGAUUAAAAAUAACGUAACAACCAAUGAUCAGAUGUAAGAUGUGUAACGUAACAAAACACAACUUUAAUCUGCAAAGUGACUGAAGUUAUCUGAUGAAUGAAGACUUAAAAAUACAAAAUAUAAAGUAACCAAAUAGACAUUUUUCAUUACUUUCCCGUGAAUUGUUAUUUAAUUCUAUAGCUGUGUAAAUAGAUAAAAAGAUAUGUAUAUAUUACAUUGCACAUGGGUUAGAAAGAAAAUGUGUAAUUGUUAAUGUGAUUUUAAACACAAAACUACACCCAUGUGAUCCUGUUGGAGGCAGAAUGAAUGGAACUUAUGAAUGAACAGAGCUUAGCCCAGCUAGCUUAGCACAGCAGCUAUCUUAGCAUAGCAGCUAGCUUAGCAUAGCAGCUAGCUUAGCAUAGCAGUCCGUUUGACAUGUGGAGGGAUUCUUCUGCUCAGUUUGUUUUUCUUCCAAAGCAAAAAGCUUCUCCAUCUCGAUGGAACGGACUGCAGCUAGCGGCAGUAAGCGAACGUUAACUACGUUAAAAUAUUUGUUGCAUUAAUUCGGCCACAUUAAUCGCAUCGAUUAAUGCGUUCAUGUUGACAGACAUAUGUAAUAUUUACAUACUUCCUGUUAGAUCGUUUUGAACCCUUUGCACAUGGUUUCUGGGUCAUUUGUUUGGUAGGAGUAAAUAAAUCUAUUAGAAAUGUAAAAAUAAUAUUUACAUAAAAUAAUUAACAAAUGUGGAAAAUGC